AUGACUCAACUUUCCGACUACCGCGUGCUUUCCUUUGAUGUCUACGGUACCCUCGUCGAUUGGGAGGGAGGCAUUCUCGCUGCAUUCCAGCCCACACUGGACAAGAAUACUGCUCAGUUCUCACGCGAACAUCUGCUCACUGUCUACCACGAGCUAGAGCGCGAGCAGCAGAGCAAGACUCCCGAUAUGCCAUACCAUCAGUUAUUGACAACUGUGCAUCCCAAGCUCGCCAAGCGUCUGGGUCUGGAGAUCCCCUCCCAAGAGGAAAGCAACCGAUUUGGAGAGUCAGUCGGCAGCUGGCCUGCAUUCCCAGAUACCGUUGAUGCUCUCAAGCGUCUCUCCAAGCAUUUUAAGUUGGUGGUUCUAUCGAAUGUUGAUCGUGCAUCGUUCGCGAAGACAAACGCAGGCAGCCUAGAGGGCUUCCCCUUCGAUUUGAUUAUCACUGCUCAAGAUGUAGGCUUCUAUAAGCCCGAUCUUCACAACUUCGAAUACAUGCUCAGAACGGUGAAAUCGACAUUCGACAUUGAGCCCUCACAGGUCCUCCAAACCGCCCAGAGCCAGUUCCACGACCAUCAUCCUGCCAGCAAGAUUGGAAUCAAGUCUGCUUGGAUUGAGCGGCCCGGUGCCACCAUGGGAAACUUGUCGGAUAAUAUUUAUGAUUGGCGGUUUGACACUAUGGGUGACAUGGCCAAGGCAUAUGAGGCUGGACAGUAG